AAUUUGCAUUCAGUAAGUAAAAUGUUGUAGGAAAAAGCAUAAUAUCGUAGGAAGGGCAAUUAAUGUUUUAUCUCGACUAGCGCCUCUCAAAGUUAUCACGCUUUUUUAAAUUAGUUAACAUCACGCUAUGUUUACUGUAUGGCUCGCAUCAACAAGACGUGGGACGGACCGCGUGUCACACUAAAAUGUAGACAAGCAGUUUUCGAUAAAUGCUGAAAGAAUGAAUUUAGUUGAAGCAGUUGCUGGGUGUUGCCGGUAGAGGACGCAAUGCAACUGUGUUGAGAAGAGGAGAUACUUCCAUCUAGGCGUGUUUCCUGCUGCCAUUGACUAACGUGGAACUGGCAUCCUGCGGGGUGGAGAAUCACACCAACCAGCUUUACAUAUUUCUCUUACAAUCAUUUCACGUCUUUAUUGUUUUAAUAGGAAGAUUGAUUGAACGUUGACAGGUGAUUGGCCUCUGCUUUCAUUCAUAAGCUACUCGCUGCUUCUCAUGCGUGGACUUGAAUGUCAGCAGGGUCAAGGUUCGCUUCGACACGGCUGGAUUAUUGUUUUUUUUCCUUAAUGUAUAUGUGAGGAAAACAUCUGCCUUUGGAUGCGACCCUUCCGACAGGGCGUGAAGGAGCCAGCGUGGGAGCGUCGUCGUGGGAAUGAGCUGCCGCAGAAACGAACGACCGCAAAGUGGAUCAUGAUGAUGUGACUGCGCCUCUUUUUGGGAAAAUGCAGAAAUGUGUUACGCUGUUUAGUGCAUAAUCUGCGGGAUUGAGAGCCGAAAAAACAAGACUAGCUGAAGUGCGUGAUCAUCAAGUCAAAGAACCGUCAUGUCGGCGGUGAUGAUAACCAGGAAGGUGCGGAAAUGGGAGAAGCUGCCGGGCAAGAACACUUUCUGCUGCGAUGGACGGGUGAUGAUGGCCCGGCAGAAGGGAGUCUUUUACCUCACCCUCUUCCUCAUCAUUGGGACCUGUACCCUCUUCUUCGCCUUUGAAUGUCCAUACCUGGCUGUCCACCUAUCUCCCGCCAUCCCAGUCUUCGCUGUUGUGCUCUUCCUGUUUGUCAUGGCCAUGUUGCUGAGGACCAGCUUCAGUGACCCGGGGGUCCUACCUCGAGCACUCCCAGAAGAGGCCACCUUCAUUGAGAUGGAAAUAGAGGCCGCCAACGGCAACGUCCCCAGCGGCCAGCGACCGCCGCCUCGCAUUCGCAACGUUCAGAUCAACAACCAAAUCGUCAAGCUCAAGUAUUGCUACACAUGCAAGAUCUUCCGGCCGCCUCGAGCAUCCCACUGCAGCAUCUGCGACAACUGUGUUGACCGUUUUGACCACCACUGUCCAUGGGUGGGCAACUGCGUGGGCAAGAGGAACUACCGCUACUUCUACUUGUUCACACUGUCCCUCUCACUACUCACUAUUUACAUCUUCACCUUUGACAUCGUCCAUGUGGUCAUGCGCUCAGUGGAUGAUGGCUUUUUGAACACAUUGAAGGAAACACCUGGAACUGUGCUGGAGGUGCUGGUGUGUUUCUUCACCCUGUGGUCAGUGGUGGGCCUGACGGGCUUCCAUACCUACCUGAUCUCGCUUAAUCAGACCACCAAUGAGGAUAUCAAAGGGUCUUGGUCAGGGAAAAACCGAGUCCAGAACCCAUACAGUCAUAAGAACAUCAUUAAAAACUGCUGUGAGGUGCUGUGUGGGCCCACAUACCCGAGCGUCUUGGACAGAAGGGGGCUGAUGCAGGAGGAUUCGCCGGUUGCUGCAUCGUCUGCUGUAGCCUCCCCUUCCUCUUCCCCUUCCCCUUCCUUUUCCUUCUCCAACAGCAGCAUCCCGCCACCACAAACCACGAAAACCACGGCGCCGCUCAUUCCGAAUGAGCACACACCAGACGACGCCAAGUCCAGCAUCGCUGCCUUGGCAAAGUCCACCUCUUCCUCCCCCACGGAGGAUCGUCCUCCUUCAAAUGACAUCCCGCCUUUGGCUUCCCCCGAGACCGAUGCCGAGACCUCUGUCGCCAAAGACAAAAGCCACUAGCUGCACCUGUGGCGUUACAGACAUCCUCUUGAGUCCUGUACGGUCAGGAACUUUAAUAAUCCGAGCUCAGUUACUCUCCUCUUCCUCCUCUUCCUCCUCCUCCCCCUCACUCCUGCUUGAGUGACACAUCCUCCUCAGGGAGAGGAGUGAUUUCACGGAACGUCAGCAUCUUCCCGAACACUUGACAAUACUCAUCCAGGGAGGAGUGCUCGCCAAGGGCACGGAGGAGAUGGGGUAAGUGCGCAUGGCAAAGCCCCAGAAGCCCCAGUUGUUAUUUAAAACAUGAAAUGUGAGUGGCCGCUUUACUCCGAGUGGCCCGGCAAGGACAAUAUUGCUUUUCCACACGUGUAAAUCCUCAUUCCAGUACGGUUUCUGCACACAUUACACGCCCUAUGCAAAUCAAGAAGGCUGGGUGUAAAUAGACGUCCCACACACACACACACACACACACACACACACCCACACACACACACGUGUAGCUGACAUAUUGUAAAGGAUCCAUACAGUGUCCAACCUACCUUGUAUUCUGGUAAUGGCUGCAUUCAGUACUGUUAUAGCAAUGGCGACGCCAGUCCUUCCAUUUUAGAUACAUUGCUGUUCAUGGGUGUGUAUUAUUAUUAUUAUUAUUAUUAUUAUUAACACAUGAUGCUUUAUGCACAUGAAACAUCAUCUCCCUGACAUCAUGUGUGCACGUGUGACCAAAUCUUGACUUUUGAUGUUCUUGGACGCUAGUAGCAACCGUGCCUUACAUCGGACGCAACAGAUUAAAUAAGAAACAGUAUUAAAUAACAUUGAUACUCUCAAAUGACGUUAAGGGCGCGUUCACACUUGUCAUGUUUGGUUCAGUUAGAAGGAACUUGACUUCAUUCGUUGGUACUUUACUACACCAGUAAUACUGUACCAAUGUCAACACUAAACUGCACCACAGUGUGCAUACAGUACCAAACCACAAGUGUGAACACAGCCAAACACAUUUUCUAACGAAGCCGUUUUCAAAGUGUGAGGCAGGCCAAUCGUUGGAGGCGACGCAAGUUGAGAAAAAUAAAGAAAAACUUUUUUUUAACAUGCUAAACCAUCUUCAGCUACAUCUAAAGACAUCAAUGCAUUGAUUCUUACUUCCUACAGCAAACAGAGUCUGGGGUGGGAAGAAAACGUCACACAAUAUGCACCAGAAAAUCACAUUUUUUCAGCCAGGCCCCAACAGUAUGGUAGGCUACACUUGGAGAACACGUACUCCAUUUAUUUCCAAGCUGAAAGUCAGAUGUGAAGAUUGAGACUCAUGUCCUCGUCAUUAAGUAGACCAUGGUUAGCUCAGCUAAACAUCGGUAGUUUGGUGGUAAACAACAAGAAGGCCCGGAAGUGUCAUGGUGGAGUCACUAAGGAUGCUAGUCGCCUUUGCAUUUGGAUUGCUCCAGCAUGGAAAUACUCCAUGCUCAAACUGUGGUAUGUGUAUCACUGUUGGUACAAGGGAACACCAUAUAUUUUGAAGGAAAAGGAAAAAAGGAAAAGGAAAAUUGUAUAGGAGAUUACUAUCACCAUGAAAUAUGUAUAAUAUGUAUUAAUAUGAAGCUGCAAUUGAAUUCAAGUUAAAAUGUGAAUUAUUAAAUCACUCUUAAAUACUGCAAGUACAAGGCACAUGGUCAAAACUAAGUACUGCAACUGGUACUUGCAAAGCACAAACACAUUCAGGUGGUACAUGUGUAAAAAAGUUUGACAAACACGACUCUAACAAAUUAAUCACAAUAAUUUGGGAUGUCCGAUAUUGGCGUUUUUUCCGAAAACCGAUAUGCCAAUAUCAGUCGAUAUCAAAAUGUGUAACACGACAUAUUCCCUGUGGUGGAAUGAACACAUAUGUUGUAUCCAACAUUAUCACAUACUACAGUAUUAAUUGGCCCUGUACCCUAGAAAGCGCCCAUGAAUGAUACGGGAAAGGCCCAAAUGAUACUGUGUCAAAGCCCAGGGCAGUGAUACUGAUAAACUAUAGAGUUUAACCAUGUCAGUACCAGCCCCCGUAGCUGUCCAAUCAGAGCGCGCUGCUCUGGUAUCGUGCCCGUGAAACAACCAAUCAGAGAACAGUGCACGAGCGUUUGUUUUGCUGCCGUCUGUGCUCUGUCAACAUGUCAGCGGUUGACACUCCCGGCGAAAGACAAAUAGGGAAAAUAGCAAACAGAAUAUUAGAAAUGGAACGUUUUAUCACUCUUGAAAUGAUGGAAAAAACUGAAAAUGCAAAUACAAGUCGGAAAACCAAGGGCGACUGCAACUGCAAGAACGAACGAAGACUGGUAGAAAGUACUCCCCCGCCUGAGUUAGACAAAUACGUGUCUAUGUUUAUUGUAACGUCGUUGCCGACGCUAUGGAAAGGACACGACUGUGAUCGCUAACAAGCUUUUAUUACACAAUAAUACAGGCUACUGUCGGCCGUAACCACGCCGUUGUAACCACUGCCAGCAACGCAACAGUGCUUCCUCAACACGACACGCACCCACCCCUGGUGCAUUCACAGUCACGCGGAACAGUCAGACACUCAAGAGCACAACAUGUCAACAUGAACACGUCAGGGUCGCUACAUUAUUUUAUCAAUCAGAAAAGAAAAUGGGGAUGAAUACGAGCCUGAUUCUCUCAAAUCAAAAUUCAACUCUCUGGCACGUUACAUGAUGGAAAAACAAAAGUACGUGAUAAUAAGCUCAUGAUUAAGUAGUAUGUGAUAAUAAGAUGCUAGUCUUAUUAAGAUGAUAAUAAGAUGCAAUUCGGUCUCGGGCUGAUACUGACACUUGGGGGCAUGAUACGGGGCCUGAUACCAGACAAACCAUGUGAUAACCUCUAAUUAUUUUAGUAUCGGUUUUCAUGAUCACACGUGUAUCAUCAUAAGCUAACUCCUUACCUUUCACGACUAAGUGUAUAAAAAAGGUAACCACUCACCAAGGUAAAAGCGAUAAAAACAAGCCCUGAGUUGUACUGUUUUGAAUGUGUUUCUGUCUACUUGCACGUACCUUCUCGGCAAUAUUCGUGCUCAUGAUGCCCCUUUUUGAAAUUAAUGUCACCGAAAAAGCAAAACACAAACAGGCACAGCUAACUUUUUGGUACUUAGUGAACUAAGGUCUUGAGAGAUGUUUUCUUCAUAAAUCCCAAUUCCAUGACCUCAGGUGACCCCACAUUCAUCCAACACGAGGCGCCAAUUAACAUUUGUCCCAGUGCUUUGAUCUGGCCCAUGAAAUUAAUUUACAUGUCUUUUUUUUGGACAUCUGCAAUGGCAUCUGCACUUUUAGUUUACUAAUGAAUCCUAUUUUUGUCUGGGCGCGUUCCUCCAAACGAUUAGACUGGCCAAAAUGGAUUGUAUCCGCAUGUAUCUCAAUCUUCCACCACUCCCAAGAACACAAUCAAAAUCUUCCUGAACGUAUCAUUGUUUUUUUUCAUCUUCGAAUUAGUGUGUAAAAUCUUCCAGAAAGGGAUCAACUGUUAGCUUUGACGAGGAAUGAAUAAUGAGCAAAAAAACCAAGCAAAGCCAUGGUUGAAUUGUACAUAUAUUUCCAGGUGGACUUGAUGCUUAGCACGAAAGCAGGCAAAAGCAGCGAGGUUGACCUCCAACCCAAAUCAUCAAUCUUGACUGCAAGAAGUAAACAUGGAGAGAUUGAACGUUGUAGUCGCAUAAGGACAAAUGCGAUAAAGCUUAUUUUUUGUGUUAGAUUGUGAUUGUGCGCUGUUUGUGUUUGUAUGCAGGAAAGAACAAGUGUUAGUGGAUUAUACAUGUGUAGGAUGAAUUAUCCGGCCCAGCCUAUUAUCUAUUAGCGUUGUUGGUUAUUCUCAACACAGCCAAACAAUUCGUGCUGAAGGAAAGUGGGGAUUUUGGCAGCUGGACUGAUACCGGACCCUCUUAAAGAACCCUUGUUUUAUUCCACCAUAUUUAAAGAAUAAAGCAAAAGAAAGAUCGUAUAAAAGGCUGAAUGUAUGUGAACCUCUGAAUGAGGUGACAAUUUCUAACAGUAUGAUUUUUAUUUGAUGUGAUAAAAAUGUCAUGAUCAGAUCUGAAUGCUCUGAUAUACUGUAUAUGUAUAUGUAUAUCUAUAUCUAUAUGACAUGAUGUAUACAGAUACAUUAGUAUUCCAUUUACGGUAUUUAUGUUCACUUUGUUGGGUAUUAACACUGUGAUUCUACUACGUGUUUCCUUCCAGUUACUCUACACUUCUUUUUACAUGAUCAAUAUGUCUGGUAAAUAAACCAUAUUGUCUUA